ACCGCAAAAACUGGAUUCAUUUUUAGUUACUGUCAGACCUUCAUCCCAGUCACACAUAUUGCUUUCGUCAUAUUUAUUUAUUUAUCAUUAUUUCUUUCCUAUAUUCAGUUUAUUUAAAAUUAAGCUGUAGGCUAGAAAGUAACAAUAAAGAAGCAUAAUGUUUAAGCUAAUUUAUUUAAUACUUUUACCAAUAGUAUUUGGUGUGUAUGUACCUAAUAAUCGAGUAAUAAGAGAAGUGGAUAGUGUUGAACAAGUUAAUUCUCCAUCGACAGAAAUGACACCUUCAACCACACAAUCAGCAAUACCAUGUCAUGACUUGUCGGAACAUCGUGGUGUUCCGCAAUUAGUUUUUCCCAUGUGUACGAGUACUAACGGUCUCGGGGGGUUACGCAAUGUCGUGAUUCAUGGUAUGGCUUGCACAUGUGACCUCAACACCCAUGAUGUACACAAGAGAGAUGAUUAUCAGUAUACACCAGGAAUUGGAGCACACAAACUUCAUACACGCGGAACAACGUUCAAUAACGCCAGGCGGAUAUGCAAUGAAGAAGGUGGACAUCUUGCCAUUAUUGAUACUCUAUCUGAGGAACGAGUAUUGUUGGAACUGUUCAAACACUCGGGCAGUAUUAAAAAUGCGACGAAUGAAGAUCAGGCUUUCAUUGGAAUUCAUGACCUAUUUUCGGAAGGCGAGUGGGUUACUAUUUUAGGCGAGUCUCUUCAUAAAUAUGGUUACACAAAAUGGAGCGACCGAUGGGGUGGACAGCCGGAUAAUGGUGGUGGUGUACAAAAUUGUGGCAGUUUAUUGAAAGAAGGGGGAAUGGAUGACGUCAGUUGUAAUGCGCAGUUUGCUUUCUUUUGUGAAAUACCCGAAAUUCGAAUAGCCCAUUAAAACUUUUGUACUUCCUACACAAGCUUUUUCACAGUGUGUAUUUGUAUACACAACUAUACACUUUUGUACAAUUAUCAUUUGGUUUUGUUUACUUUAUGUAGCGUAACGACAAUCCUUUAUUUUUAUUUUAUUUUUUCCAAUCUAACUUUUUCUAUGCAACUUCGUCUUCCUCAUCUCCGCUAUAUUUUUUUUAUACAGUGAUUUAUAUAAUUCGCGAAAGAUUUUUUAUUGAAUAAUCAAAUAAACUUUUUUAAUAAAGAAAUGACAAGUCUUAUCAUUGUUAUUUUUUUUUUUUUCAACAAUAAUAGGAUACUCUUUGAAAAUUCUCAAAGCAAUGCCAAAAAAACUCAUUUAAAAGUUUAAAUUGAUAACAAACAUAUUUUAGCUAUAAGAAAAUAUAAAACUUUUUGAGUGCAGUUAUUUUGUAAGAAAGCAAUCAUAAAAAAAUCUGAGCAUCGGUUAGUCCCUGCUCCUUGAGCUCGAAAACAUUGUUGUGAAUACAUUUUCGAGUUCUACGAGCUCAAACACAUUAUAUAUUAUAUCAUGAUUUAUCUGGGGAAAGUGACAUAAUAUGUUUUUUCCAACUCUUCGUCCUCAAUAUCUUUUAAACUAAUUGACGGAUUUUAAUAUUCCUUUUUGGAACGAGGAAACGAGAGCAUGCCCUUACAUCAACUUAUCAAUACUAGAAAUCUUAAUUUUUAAACUCUUAGAAAUCCUUCUACUUUUGUACUCUCCUUAGCUUACACAAUUCUAGAAUUUUUCAACUUCAGACGUUUAAGUUGAAUGAGCAAAAAAAUCAUUGUUUGUGUUGCAGAAAUAAAAAAAUUAUUCUGACUGAACAAUUGUGAGUUUUUUUAAAUUAAUGAAUUUUUUUUCUAGUGUCAUGGUGGUUCCAAGGCACCUGCAUUCCGACUCGUGAAUAUAUUGGGACUGCGGGCGGUGGUGUUCCUUGGGGAAAAAAAUGAUUAUGAUGUGUAAUUAAAGAAAAACAUAUCAGAUGUAACACUAUCCUUACAUUUUUUGCGUUUAUUUAAUUUAGAAAAUUUGUUUGCCUCAGUAGAAUUAUGAUUUUGACAACUGUUCAUUAAAUAAUUCAAAAUUGAGCUAGCAUGUAUUCUAUUUCGGAGUCAAAAUAGUUAUUUUUGAUAUGUAAGAUUAAUAAUAAUACGAGGGUUGGCAGUAUACUUGUAUUGUCCACACAAGUCUUGGGUUAUGUCGCAAUCUGAAAAUCUACUGACAAUUCGGUAUUUAUAUAAAAAAUAUAAAUAAGUAACGUUUGAUAAAAUUUUUAACUUUAAAAUGUUUCAUGUUUAUAUAAUGUGCACCUAAUACACAAUGCAUACUAGUAACUUGUAAAGUAAAUAAAUAUAUUUUAUUUAUAUUAAAGCGUCCGCGAUCCAUGCAAAUUUUGAUAACCAAGUCGAGCGAUUUCGUAGCAUCAGUAUUCAUCUGUAGGAUUUCCUCGAGCCCAACUACUGUCAAUACCAUCUGUAAUAUUUGUUGAGCUCCUCCAAUAUUACCAACACAGCCGUGUACUGCAAAAUUCUAGGAAACUUCAACGAUCGUGAAUGGCUUAACCAAAACCCCCACAAGUAUUUUUUAUUCAUUUUUUUUUCUAUUUCUCUCCUCGACUCAUCUUUACCUCUCCCUCUCCGUUUACUUUUUCGUCUUGUCUGCGUCGAUAUUUGCCGUGCAUCCAGUUACGUUAUAUUUGUCGAACAAGUCACAAUACCAAUAUUAGUAAAGCUAUAUAUGUAUAUAUAUAUAUACACAAAUUCCUACAUAUACGAAAUUCCAUGAAAAUUUUAUUAAAAUUCCAUACAAUAUUGAUAUUA